UUCCACCCUCUGCGCCACAGAAAAAACGCAGGAGUCAAAAACACAUUUGCUCCAGAGAAGAAAUAUUACCAGCUGCGAAUUUUUUUCAAAGCCCCAAGAGAGCUUCCAAUGGCUUCCGCCACCGCCUCCAUCUCGUCGCACCCCGCCGCGCUCCGCGACGUCAAAGCCGCGAGGAUUGGCGCCGUGAGGCAGCAGGUGGCCGUGGCCCCGUCAGCGGCGGCGCGGGGCCAGCGCGCUCGGGCGGUGCGCCCGCUGCGCGCGGCGGAGCAGGGGAGGCAGCCGGUGUCGGCCUCCGCGGCGUCGGCGGCGCCGGUGGCGCCCGUGGCCGACGAGGCCGCGGCCCCCGCCGCGGUGGACUACGAGGCCCUGGCGCGUGAGCUGGAGGGCGCGUCGCCGCUGCAGGUCAUGGAUCGGGCGCUGGCCAUGUUCGGAUCCGAGAUCGCCAUCGCGUUCAGUGGCGCGGAGGACGUGGCGCUGAUCGAGUACGCGAAGCUGACGGGGCGCCCCUUCCGGGUGUUCAGCCUGGACACGGGCCGCCUGAACCCGGAGACCUACCAGUUCUUCGACAAGGUGGAGAAGCACUACGGCAUCCGCAUCGAGUACAUGUUCCCGGACGCCGGCGAGGUGCAGGAGCUGGUGCGGACCAAGGGCCUCUUCUCCUUCUACGAGGACGGCCACCAGGAGUGCUGCCGGGUGCGCAAGGUGCGGCCGCUGCGCAGGGCCCUCAAGGGCCUCAGGGCCUGGAUCACCGGCCAGAGGAAGGAUCAGUCCCCCGGCACCAGGGCAAGCAUCCCCGUCGUUCAGGUUGAUCCUUCAUUUGAAGGCCAGGAUGGCGGAGCUGGUAGCUUGAUCAAGUGGAACCCCGUGGCCAACGUCGACGGCAAGGACAUCUGGACAUUCCUGAGGACCAUGGACGUCCCUGUCAACACCCUGCACGCUCAAGGUUACGUGUCAAUUGGUUGCGAGCCGUGCACCAGGCCGGUCCUGCCGGGGCAGCACGAGCGUGAAGGCCGGUGGUGGUGGGAGGACGCCAAGGCCAAGGAGUGCGGCCUUCACAAGGGCAACAUCGAAAAGGACGGGCAGGCGGCGGCGCCCAAGUCCGCCAACGGCAACGGCUCGGCGGGCGCCCCGGACAUCUUCGAGAGCCCCGCCGUGGUGUCCCUGACCCGGACCGGGAUCGAGAACCUGCUGGGCCUGGAGAACCGCGCGGAGCCGUGGCUCGUGGUGCUGUACGCGCCGUGGUGCCCCUUCUGCCAGGCCAUGGAGGCCUCCUACGUGGAGCUGGCGGAGAAGCUGGCGGAUUCCGGUGUGAAGGUGGCCAGGUUCCGCGCCGACGGCGAGCAGAAGCCGUUCGCGCAGGCGGAGCUGCAGCUGCAGAGCUUCCCCACCGUGCUCCUGUUCCCGAGCCGCACCGCCAGGCCCAUCAAGUACCCGUCCGAGAAGAGGGACGUCGACUCGCUCCUCGCCUUCGUCAACAGCCUCCGGUGAGAGGCCGCCAGGGAGCGAGAGUCAUCGUUCUCUGUCUGUGUCUGUCCAUGGUGGUGGUGUUGGCGAUUGGUGUCGUUGGUCCGUCUAGCAUUGUACUUAGAGAGGGAGGAGAGGUAUCAGAGAGAGGGAAUUGGGGACGAUAGGAACAGAGGGAGGGGUUCAGAAAUACUUCAGAUGCAGAUGAUUGAUGCAUCUCUAGCUUUUGUCACUGCAAAUGAUUGCAGGUAAACCUGAAGGUCCGGUGGUGUAGGGCAAAAGGUCGAGGUUAUUUAUGUACUUAUAGCUAGUGGGUGAGUUGGUGACAGAGGAUUGUACGGGUAAAAUCAAAUAAGAAAAAUCAGUUUUGGUAGUUCUUUA